AUGGAUGCCCCUUUGUCGCCACCAUUGCGCAUUCACCCCAUAUCAGAGACUCCUUUGACAACGAGGACGGCGCAGAAAACUACAGAGGCCUUUCUUCGCGACUUUCAAGCGCGCAGCACAUCAGCCCAGGGUGGAAACACAGCUGUAACCGUACAACUCCAAAAAUUGGCAAAUGCACUGAAGGAGGAGCGGAAGAAAAGCAAAAAGGAUGCGGCUCCCUUGUAA